GCGGCGGCCCCAGCGAGGGGCUCUGGGCUCUGCGCUCCGCCGCUCCGCCGCCUCCAUGGAGCGCCGGCCGCGCCGCCUCUGAUGCCCGGCCCGGCGCGCACCAUGGGGCCGCUGUGGCUCUGCUGCCUGCCCCUCGCCCUCCUGCCCCUGCUCGCCGCCGUGGAAGAGACACUGAUGGACUCCACAACGGCGACAGCAGAGCUGGGCUGGACAGUGCAUCCUCCAUCAGGGUGGGAAGAGGUGAGUGGGUACGAUGAGAACAUGAACACCAUCCGCACCUACCAGGUGUGCAACGUCUUUGAGUCCAGCCAGAACAACUGGCUGCGCACCAAGUACAUCCGCAGGCGAGGAGCGCACCGCAUCCACGUGGAGAUGAAAUUCUCUGUCCGGGACUGCAGCAGCAUCCCCAACGUGCCAGGCUCCUGUAAGGAGACUUUUAACCUGUACUAUUUCGAGUCGGACUUUGACUCGGCCACCAAGACUUUCCCGAACUGGAUGGAGAAUCCUUGGAUGAAGGUGGACACGAUCGCUGCCGACGAGAGCUUCUCGCAGGUGGACUUAGGCGGACGGGUGAUGAAGAUCAACACUGAGGUGCGCAGCUUUGGGCCUGUCUCCAAGAAUGGGUUCUACCUGGCCUUCCAGGACUACGGGGGCUGCAUGUCCCUGAUCGCCGUCCGUGUCUUCUACCGCAAAUGUCCCCGUGUGAUCCAGAACGGGGCCGUCUUCCAGGAGACGCUGUCGGGAGCAGAGAGCACCUCGCUGGUGGCAGCCAGGGGGACGUGCAUUGCCAAUGCUGAGGAGGUGGAUGUGCCCAUCAAGCUGUACUGCAAUGGUGACGGCGAGUGGCUGGUGCCCAUCGGCCGCUGCAUGUGCCGGGCUGGCUACGAGUCCGUGGAGAAUGGCACCGUCUGCAGAGGCUGCCCCUCGGGGACAUUCAAGGCCAGCCAGGGGGAUGAAGGCUGUGUGCACUGCCCCAUCAACAGCCGCACAACCUCGGAAGGGGCCACGAACUGCGUGUGCAGGAAUGGAUAUUACCGGGCAGACGCUGACCCCGUGGACAUGCCCUGCACCACCAUCCCGUCUGCCCCGCAGGCCGUGAUCUCCAGCGUGAACGAGACAUCCCUGAUGCUGGAGUGGAGCCCUCCCCGGGACCUGGGGGGCCGCGAGGACCUGGUGUACAACAUCAUCUGCAAGAGCUGCGGGGCGGGCCGCGGGGCCUGCACGCGCUGCGGGGACAACGUGCAGUUCACCCCGCGCCAGCUGGGCCUCACCGAGCCCCGCAUCUACAUCAGCGACCUGCUGGCACACACCCAGUACACCUUCGAGAUCCAGGCUGUCAACGGCGUCACCGACCAGAGCCCCUUCUCGCCACAGUUUGCCUCGGUGAACAUCACCACCAACCAGGCCGCCCCCUCUGCUGUGUCCAUCAUGCACCAGGUGAGCCGCACCGUGGACAGCAUCACCCUGUCCUGGUCCCAGCCUGACCAGCCCAAUGGAGUCAUCCUGGACUAUGAGCUGCAGUAUUAUGAGAAGGAUCUGAGUGAGCUGAACUCGACCACAGUGAAGAGCCCCACCAACACCGUGGCAGUGCAGAACCUCAAGGCUGGCACCAUCUACGUGUUCCAGGUGCGGGCGCGCACCGUGGCUGGCUACGGCCGCUACAGUGGGAAGAUGUAUUUCCAGACCAUGACUGAAGCUGAGUACCAGACCAGCGUGCAGGAGAAGCUGCCGCUCAUCAUCGGCUCCUCGGCAGCAGGGCUGGUGUUCCUCAUCGCCGUGGUGGUCAUUGGCAUCGUGUGCAGCAGAAGGCGGGGCUUCGAGCGGGCAGACUCGGAGUACACGGACAAGCUGCAGCACUACACCAGCGGCCACAGUACGUACCGGGGGCCGCCCCCGGGCCUGGGGGGCCGCUCCCUGCUCGUGACUCCAGGGAUGAAGAUUUAUAUCGACCCUUUCACCUAUGAAGAUCCCAAUGAGGCUGUCAGGGAAUUUGCAAAAGAAAUUGAUAUCUCUUGUGUCAAAAUCGAGCAGGUGAUUGGGGCAGGGGAGUUUGGUGAGGUGUGCAGUGGGCAUCUCAAGCUUCCAGGCAAAAGAGAGAUCUUUGUGGCCAUCAAGACCCUCAAGUCUGGCUAUACGGAGAAGCAGAGGCGGGACUUCCUGAGUGAGGCCAGCAUCAUGGGGCAGUUCGACCACCCCAACGUCAUCCACCUGGAGGGGGUGGUCACCAAGAGCUCUCCAGUCAUGAUCAUCACUGAGUUCAUGGAGAAUGGCUCACUGGACUCCUUCCUGCGGCAAAACGACGGGCAGUUCACGGUGAUCCAGCUGGUGGGGAUGCUGCGGGGCAUCGCCGCGGGCAUGAAGUACCUGGCAGACAUGAACUACGUGCACCGGGACCUGGCAGCCCGAAACAUCCUGGUCAACAGCAACCUGGUGUGCAAGGUGUCGGAUUUCGGCCUCUCCCGCUUCCUGGAGGACGACACCUCCGACCCCACCUACACCAGUGCUCUGGGGGGGAAGAUCCCGAUCCGAUGGACGGCACCCGAGGCCAUUCAGUACCGAAAGUUCACCUCAGCCAGUGACGUGUGGAGCUAUGGAAUUGUCAUGUGGGAGGUGAUGUCCUAUGGAGAGCGGCCCUACUGGGACAUGACCAACCAGGAUGUGAUAAAUGCCAUUGAGCAGGACUAUAGGCUGCCACCACCCAUGGACUGCCCAAAUGCCCUUCACCAGCUGAUGCUUGACUGUUGGCAGAAGGAUCGAAACCACCGGCCCAAAUUUGGGCAAAUUGUCAACACCUUGGACAAAAUGAUCCGAAAUCCCAACAGCCUGAAAGCCAUGGCACCUCUCUCCUCUGGGAUGAAUCUCCCCCUCCUUGACCGCACAAUCCCAGAUUACACCAGCUUCAACACUGUGGAUGAGUGGCUGGAUGCCAUCAAGAUGAGCCAGUACAAGGAGAGCUUUGCCAGUGCUGGUUUCACCACCUUUGAUGUAGUAUCUCAGAUGACUGUAGAGGACAUUCUGCGAGUCGGGGUCACUUUAGCAGGACACCAGAAGAAAAUCCUGAACAGUAUCCAGGUGAUGAGAGCACAGAUGAACCAAAUCCAGUCUGUGGAGGUUUGAUAGCUGCCUGUCCUCCCACUCCUCCUCCUUGAGCCCUGCUCCCCUUUGCCCCUGUGUGUCCAAGCUCCAGGUCCUGAGUGCUCUGCAUGGACAGGAAGCUGCUCUGAGGAUCACAGCAGCACGAGGGAACACCCUGCCCUCAACCAUCAGAAGUUGCCAAGAGCUUCUAGAAUUUAAGCAAUGGAAAAAGGGAACAAAAAAAAAGACAACUAUUUUGAAAAAAAAAAAAGAACAAAAACAAAACGAGCAAACUACAAAAUAUUUUUAAAUAAUAAUAAAGCAAUUGCAUUCUUGAAAAGGGCUCCAAGACCAAUGGGAGUCUCCAAAGGAAGAGAAAAGAGCAGCUUCAUGUUUCCUCUUGCACAAGGCUGCUGCAGCUGGAGCCAGGCACCUCUGGAGCAGUGGGACUUCUCCAGGAAGAGGAAUGCAAGGCAAGGCCACGAGAAGCACAUCCCUUCCUCCCAUGGGCUCUGGGAAUGAGCCAGGCCCUUCCCCAGAGCCCCUGGGAGCACAUCCAGUGGGGAGAGCUGAGGCUUUUGGUGCUCUGGAACCAAGUGCAUCUCAGAAACUGAUGGACUUCUUCAAAAGCUGAAGACUUUUUUUUUUAAAAAAAAAAACAACAAAACCACAACAAAUAAACUAAGACUAGAGGAGGCUGUUUCCAACAAAUGAGAAGGAAUCUGUAAUGCCUGGGGGGGUGGGGAUGGGGAAAAGCAAUCCUUUUUACAUCUCUUAUUUUCUCUUGUCAUGGAACAGUUUUGUGAGUGGCAGUUUCCUAAGGGUCCGUCCAUCCACCCUCCAGUGGCAUCGUGUCUCACACAUAUCAUUGCUCCAGACUUUUAGUGAUAUCCUUUCUAGAUGCCAAUGAUCUUUUCCCAGAAGACUUCCCAAGUACAGUAUGUAGUAGUUUUUGAUUACAAAUGCUGACGUGUACCUUUA